AUGAAAUCAUCUCUAUUCUCCUACAACGCCAUGAGGGAAUGUACACUUCUUUCACCCUACAUUUCGGAAGAAGCUAAAAACAAUCUUCAAAAAUACAAACCCUCCACUCAACAAGAUUAUUCUUUUAUUUCCAAAAUAUUGAAUCCGUAUUGGAAUUAUGUUUCAAGUUUAAUUCCAAAUUAUGUGGCUCCUAAUACCAUCACAUUGGUAGGAUUUAUUGCCGUUGUAGUAUCCUAUGUCAUGACUGUGACGGCCAUCACUCUAAAUUGGAAUCACAAAAAAAGUGGAGAGAUAACAAACGAGCAAGAUGCAUUACCUUCGUACAUGUAUUUAAUUAAUGCAGUGACAUUAUUUUGGUAUCAAACGAUGGAUGCUAUUGAUGGAAAACAAGCUCGACGAACUGGAACUUCCUCUCCCUUAGGAGAACUCUUUGAUCAUGGAUGUGACAGCAUUAAUUCUUUAAUGCAAACAGUACUAGCUUUGGCACCCUUACAAUUAUUGAAUGCUAGCGAAGAUCCGUGGAUUUCAUUUGUGACACUUGUCUGUGUCACUUGGAUGUUUUUCAUUUCGAUUUGGCAACAAUUUUAUACUUCUGUUUUGAGUUUUCAAAAUUUUAGUGGUCCAACAGAAGGACAAUUUGUGGUGAUUUUUGUGAAUAUUUUAGCGUUCAUAUUUGGACCAAGAUUGUUUAAUGAGAACAUGUUUAGUUUAAUUUUCAAUGAUGUUUUUAGAGCUUCUAUUGAUGUCACUUCAUCUCCUACUCUCUUUGCUUUAACACAUUAUCAAUGGCUAAAAUUGAAGUAUCUGGUUAUUACUGGAAUUGUCCUUUCCACAGUUCCAAGCAUCUUUGGUAUAAUAUAUUCAACGAUCAAAACGCUGAAUGAAUCGAAAGACGUUGAAAAAGCAGAAAAUGAAAUUCGAAAAGAUGUCAAGACCCCAGUUUGGAAGUCACUCUUUUCAUAUGGAUUUUUCUCAGUUUUAUUUCUUGUUUGGAUGGGAUUUUCAACGAUUUAUUCUUAUAAGGAGAGUUUACUUCAAUCUCAUCUCUUGUUAAUUUUAUAUAUUUAUGGAAUGUAUCAUGCUUAUAUUGUGACAAGAUUCAUACUUGCUCGAGUGUGUGAUUUAGGAAUUCCAAUGUUCAUGAAUAUUCUCUACAUUCUCGUAUUAGCUUUUGGAAAUUCUUUGUUGGCAGGAUUUGAUGGCAAAGACACACUUUUGGAUGAAUCUCUCUUUUUGAUAGCACUUGCUGCAAUCAUAACCAUCUCCUAUGUGCACAUGGCUUGUAAUAUUAUCAUGUCUUUGACUGAACAUUUAGGAAUUUAUUGUUUUAGUGUUGAAAAGAGAAACCAGCACACUAACAGUACCAACAGCAACUCGGCAAGUAUGAUUUCCAACGAUCAUGCCAAUUCUAAGUGA